AUGGAUGGGCUCUCGCAAUCGUCUGAAGCGUCAAGUGGUGCAUUCCGGAGCAUCGGCGACUACAAUCGUCCUGGCUGGCUAGAAGAUCUUGCCUAUCUUCUCGAAAGCGGCGUUAAACUCCCCAUGGCGUACGGUGAUCGUGACUUUGCUUGUAACUGGAUCGGCGGCGAAGCAGUCUCGCUCGCCAUCAACUACACCAACACGAACGACUUCCAUGCAGCCGGCUACACUGCGCUACAGACCAACGACUCAUACUCUGGCGGUCAAGUCCGUCAGUACGGUAAUCUGAGCUUCUCCAGAGUCUUCCAAGCAGGCCACGAGAUCCCAUCGUACCAGCCAGAGACGUCCUACAAGAUCUUCAUGCGAGCUCUCAACAAUCUUGACAUUGCAACAGGUCUAGUCAAUGUCACGUCCGGAGAUGGCAUCUACAGCUCUGUCGGGACGGAAGACACAUGGGCUAUCAAGAAUGACCAGCCUGAACAGCCGCUGCAAUUCUGCUACGUGCUCGAGCCUACUACCUGUACUGAGGAUCAGAUUGACAGCAUCCUGAACGGGACGGCAGUGAUCAGGCACUACAUUGUGGUUGACAAGAACUCGACGGCACUGUUUCCCGAUGUAGUCGGAGGAUCUUCGUCAAAUGACACGAAUGCCACGACAAGUCCUGGCUCGAGCUCGAAUUCGCCAUCAUCGUACACUGGAAAGGCAACGAGCAACAAAGCAGGGCCAUGGGUCGCGAUGAUGAAUCUGGCAGGAAUGGUCAUCAUGCUAUGA